UAAAGAAGAGUGACGUAUAGAAAAACUUUUAUCUUCUCUCACAGAACGAUUCAGCAAUGGUAGAAUACAUAUAUACAUAGAUAUCGCUACUUUCCAAUGCGUAUACAUCUGUAGUCGUGAGAUCGUUGCAUACUCGUAGAUUCCUAUUAUCUAAACCGCCAUUCUCGCCGCGUGAAUUUGCGUGUCCCGUGUUGUUUUCAUUAGUGUUUUUAACCUCAAAUAUGGCUGAUCUAGAACAAGACUCGGGAGACCGGGUUGACAGCGAUAAUCAAAAGAAUGACAAGAUGUUUACUCUAAAAAAGUGGAAUGCUGUGGCAAUGUGGAGUUGGGACGUGGAAUGUGACACCUGUGCCAUUUGUAGAGUCCAGGUUAUGGAUGCCUGCCUAAGAUGCCAAGCGGAGAGCAAAAAGGAAGUCUACGGUCGGCAAGACUGCGUAGUUGUUUGGGGCGAGUGCAAUCAUUCGUUCCACUAUUGUUGCAUGUCGCUUUGGGUGAAGCAGAACAACCGCUGUCCACUAUGUCAACAGGAAUGGUCCAUUCAACGAAUGGGAAAAUAAUCCUCGCAUGAGGCCGUUUUCUCAUUUUCUAUCUAUCGAUUAUUCUGGGAUUAUGUUUUGUCGGGAUGUUGAAUACAACUUUCUUUUAUAUUCAGAUCUUUUUUUGAAGAACAAUCAAGUCUUAAACUUAAGUUACCGUAUAUACUAAGGCAAUGCUAUCAUGAUGGCCGUGUAAUAGAUUCUUUCGUUGAAAUUGUUAUAUGUAUUGUCAGAAAAAAACUUUGUAAAGAAAUUACUUUUUUUUUUAUUUCUUUCUUUUUUGUGAUUUAUGCAGUUUAUCGCUAUUACGUAUAAUUGCUACUGUUGGAUAAUAAUAAUAAUUGAAUUUUAAAUUGUACACAUUUUUUGUAUCUUAUAUAUUAAUGAUCAACAAAUAAAAAACAGAAUGCAAACGAGACAAUAAUUUUGAACUUGUUAAUUGCAAAAUACAUGUAAAUUUAUCUCCAAUAUGUGACGAUACAAAUCAAAGAAUUUUUUACAGAAAGAUAUUGAGAUAUGAAUUGCAAAUCGUUGCACGGAUUCGCGAUUUCGAUGUCCAAAAUACGUGUUUAAUGGGUACUGUGUUGUUAAAUAUUAUACGCGUCGGAGACGUCCUUAUCUUGUGUAGACGUGAAAAAUGUAAACAGUAUUAUAAUUAUGACCGACGUGUGUGCGCUGACGCACACAGCGUCUCUCAGAUUAAAUUUAGAUUGAAUAUAAGGUUCUAUGAAA